CGCUCAACUUUGAGAUCAAGGCAUCUGAACUUAGAAGUCAACGGGUGGACCAGUGCUCAAAAGUAGAAUGCAUUCAUUUCGAGUCGAGUCGCACAGCAUCAUGGUGGGGUUCGGACCAGUUGCCCCGCAGUCUCCCACACGCAGAAUUGACUUCCAAACAAACUGGUGAAACGCAAGCUCAAGCAGAGUUUUGCUGAUACCAUUAACAACAUUGCCCAAUCUACGCUGCCAAAGACAAUCCACGGCGCGCAGACAUGGCGGACGAGGCGCCCACCGACUACUCCCUCGCGAACCCGGACACCUUGACGAAGUACAAGACUGCAGCGCAGAUCUCACAGAAAGUGCUCGAUGAGGUCCGCAAAUGGUGCGUUGAGGGCGCCAAGAUCCUCGAGAUUUGCCAAAAAGGCGACAAACUGCUCAACGAUGAAGUGGCCAAAGUUUACAAGGGCAAGAAAGUCUCGAAAGGCGUAGGCCACCCAUGCACGGUAUCGCCAAGCACAUAUGUCACGCCAUACACGCCUUUGGUGUCAGACGCUGAGGAGGCGGGCACGGAACUAAAGGGAGCUGAGGUGGUAAAGAUACAGCUAGGCGCACAAAUAGACGGCCUCGGCGCCAUCGUGUGCGAUACUGUGAUUGUGGGUGCGGGCGCAGAAGUCACUGGGCGUGCGGCAGACUUGAUGCUCGCAACACAUUAUGCGAAUGAGCUCCUACUGAGAAUGAUGAUGCCGCCUGGACUGUUAGCUACUGGCACGGAGGAAGAGAAGAAGAAGGCGCAAGCGAUAAAGCCAUACAGCCAGUCAAAGAUCACGUCAUUGCUGGAGAAGCUCGUGAAAAGCUACAAUUGCAACCUGGUGGAGAACACGACUUGCUGGCUGUUUGGCCGCAACGAGAUUGAAGACAAGAAGAAGAUCAUCCUCGCGCCGAGCGAAGGCAUGAAGGGUGAGGGGCUUGCAGAAGUCGGCGAGGUCUGGGGUGUCGAGAUGGGUGUCGCUCUAGGGAGCGGCAAGGUGAAGACUCUGCCGAAUCGGCCCACACUGCACCGCCGGACAACAACCACGUACGGCCUGAAACGACCGAGUUCGAGAGCGACGCUAUCAGAGAUCCAGAAGAGGUUCGGCACCUUCCCGUUCAGCUUACGGCAGCUUGACGAUGAGAGAGCGGGUAAGGUUGGUAUCGUUGAAUGUGUUCGAGGUGGCGUUGUACGGCAGUACGAAGUCAUCGGUUCUUCAGAUGGUGAGCCUGUUAGCAGGUUGUUCACAACCGUAGCAAUCACCAAGAACGGCGUCCAGCGAUUAGCAGCCCCACCACAACCGAACCUCGAUCAAUAUAAGUCGGACAAGAAGAUCACCGAUGAGGAGAUACUGAAGAUUCUCGAAACGACACUGGCCAAGCCGCCGAGCGAUAAGAAGAAGAACAAGAAGAAGAAGAAGAAGCCGGCUAAAAAGGCAGCAGCUCAGAAGCCGGACGAGGAGGAAGAUGAUGAGGACGACGACGACGACGACGACGAUGAGGAUGACGACUAAGGCUAUGCUGGCAGUCUGCGCAGGUUGGCUUCGACCCCCCGCCAUUGCUCAGUUGACGUGCCACUCAGGCUCCGAAAUGGCACCGGCACAGGCUUAAUCGCGAGCGCCAUAUGAGCAUGGCUUCGACGCAGCUGUAGAAGUCGUGCGGCAAGCACGUCUAGA